AUGUCCUUAUCUUUCUUAUCAAAUGAAAAUAAUACCGAGGCAUUUAAUAGAACAAAAGUCAAUACAACCAAAUUAACUACAUCAACAAUAAUUGAUGACGAUGCAAUUCUAUGGAAUGAUGUUAAAUCAUUUUUCAAUGUUCAAAAUUCAUUAAUUAUUAUUUGUAUAGUAUUUUUCUUUCUUUUAUUAUGUCUUGUUUUGAUUAUAAUGCGAUUAGUGAAAACGAAGCGUUCGUAUAAAAAACAAAUUAAAUCGCCAAUAAAAACUUAUGCCGAUAAUCAAUUUCCAUUUCAAACAAACAAAUCGUCAUCUCCUAUUCAAAUGGGAUUAACAUCAAAUCAAAUAGCUUCACGUGGAAAUGUUAUUUCGCUCAAUGAAGAUUCUCGGCGAACAUCAUCAAAUUCAAUAAAACCAUUGCCGACCAAUGACGAAGAAAUCGAAACGGUUAAUGAGGUUCUUGGAAUGGAAGAACGUAAUGGGAAAAUGUACUAUAAAGUCAAUUUUACUGGUCAUUCAACUGAUUAUACAGCUUGGGUUUGCGAAGAAGAUUUAAUACCUGAAUAA